AUGAUGAAAAACGAGGGUUUUGCAGGUGGGUUUCUCAAAUCGACGAAGAAGAUGAAUGAUCUGAUGACGAAAUCGUUCAUAAGUUAUGUAGAUUUGAAGAAACAAGCCAAGAUCGACAUCAAUUCAGAACAAACGGAUCUCGAAAAAGGUACGCAAGAACCCAACAUCACUCCCUCCGAUGAAGCAUACCUUUCUAAAUUCUUCCAAGAAGUAGACGCAAUCAAAUCCAACAUGGAAGAAAUCACGAAUCUUCUCUUCGAUCUUCAAACUCUAAACGAAGAGACGAAAUCCACUCACAGUCACAAAGUCCUCCGCGGAUUACGAGACAGAAUGGAAUCCGACAUGGUUUCUGUUCUUCGAAAAGCAAAUGCUGUCAAAACUCAUCUCGAAUCUCUCGAUAAUUCCAACGAACUGAACAGAAAAUCUUCAUACAAAGAAAACAGCGCUGUGGAUCGAACUUGGGUUUCUGUAACAAACGGGUUAAGAUCAAAACUCAAAGAACUGAUGAACGAUUUCCAAGAUUUGAGAGACAAGAUCGUUUCAGAUCAUAAAGAGUAUCUCAAGAAACGAUACUACAAUGAAACUGGAGAAUACCCAAGUGAUGGAAUGAUGGAAACGAUGGUUUCUGGAAAUGGGAAAGUGUUUGAAGGAAAGAAGGAUUUGGUUAUGGAGAAUAAAGAGAGACAUGAAGCUGUGAUGGAUAUAAAGAGGAGUUUGAAUAGACUUCAUCAAGUUUUUCUUGAUAUGGCAAUUUUGGUGGAAGAACAAGGGGAGAAUUUGAAUGACAUUGAAGGGAAUGUAGCAAAAGCUGGAAGCUUUGUUAAUGGUGGAACAGAUAGCUUGUUUUAUGCGAAACAGAUGAAGGAUAAACAUAACAAGAACUGGGUUUGCUUCAUUUGGUUUAUGGUGAUAAUUAUAUGUUUGGUUUGUGGCAUUGCUAUGUUAUCUUCUUUUUGA